CUAGGUUCAUUAUCAAAAUUAAUAGUAACUCCAAUAUUCAAGCGAAGAACACAAGUGUAAAAUCCGAAAUUUUAGAAGACGAAACAAGGAAACAAAAAUAAUGAAAUUCCACACUUGUCUCUUACUUGGACUAAUUUUAAUUCAACAAAUUUUCGCAACACUUGGAUGUGAAGAUGAAUUUCAACUUCCAAACUGCAUUUGUCAACCACAAAGAACAGAUUACACAGAAAUAAAGAAUAUAAAAUGUCCUAACUUUGACAUUGAAAUAAAUAUGCAUUCGAAUUCAAUAAAAUUUACUUGCAUCAAUAAUACAAGAUUCACAGAUUUCAAAGAUUAUAUUAAUUUCCACAAAUAUUAUAGAACAGACUUCAAAAUGGAAAAAGUUUAUCUAAUAAAUUGCAACAUCAAUCGUACUAUGAAUUUACGAAAAGUUAAUAGAUUAAAUAUUGAAGAAGCUGAUUAUUUGCAAUUAACAAUAAGAUCGGAAAAUAAAAAUUUAACUCUCUCAAAAUUUAAUAAACUUAGAGAACUUGAGAAAUUGUACGAAUUAAUAAUAUCAUCAAGUGGAAAUGUCACAAUUCAACAAAAAACAUUAGACGAUAUUCCAACACUCAGAUUAAUUCAAAUAAAAAAUAAUCGAAAUGUAAAUUUGGAAAAAUUAAGCAACGAAAACGUUGUUGGUCUAUUUAUACAUAAGAAUAAAAAUUUAAAUCUAUCAAGUAAUUCUUUAACAGGACUAACGAAUCUCGAACAACUUCGAAUAGUAAAUAAUAAUUUAACCUCAUUGCCUGACAAUUUUUUACUUAAUAUUAAUUAUCUACAAAUAUUAGAUUUAAGUGAUAAUAUGUUAACCCAACUUUCAGAGAAAAGUUUUCAACAAUUGAGAAGUUUGAAACAAAUUUAUCUCCACAAUAAUCAAAUCGAACAAAUAUCACCAAAUUUCUUCAAUAAUUAUACAAACUUAAUGUUUAUUAAUUUCGAAAACAAUAAUUUAACAUCACUACCCGAUGGACUAUUUUCUGAUUCAAAGAAACUCAACUAUAUUAAUUUUAGCCACAAUAAAUUAACCCAACUUUCAGAAAUGAUAUUUGGAGUACUGGAGAAUGUGAGAAAAAUUUAUCUCCGCUACAAUCAAAUAACAAAAAUUUCAAGAGAUUUCUUUAGAAAUUGGAAAAAGGUUAAUUUAAUUGAUUUACAGCACAAUAAUUUAACAUCAUUGCCCUAUGAUUUGUUCACUGGACUGGAUAAUUUGCAAAGUAUAAGUUUAAAUAACAAUUUUCUGAUGCAUCUUACAGAUAAAUCAUUUGGAGUUUUAGGAAAUAUGAGAACGAUAACUUUCUGGAAUAAUAAAAUAACAACUGUUUCCAAAGAUUUAUUUAGAGAUUGGAAGAAUUUAAGUUUUAUUGAUUUUGGACAUAAUUGCUUAGAAACAUUACCUGAAAAUUUGUUCACUGACUUAAAUGAUAUAAAAAUGUUAGAUCUGAAAAAUAAUCUUUUAAGAACGCCUGGCGAGGGUAAGAAUUAUGAUGUGAAUCGUUACUCUCAAUGUUUGUAGUUGGAAGGAAAUUGUAAAAUAAAAAAAUCAUAAUAAAUUUUUUAAAAAAAGUAUAUAUAAUAAAUGAUAAUAAUAAAUUAACAUUAUAAUAAAUUGUAAUAAAUAAUCUCAAAGUAAACUCUUUUA